UGAUUAAACCUUAAACUAAUAGAGUAAAGUUUAAGUAAAUUAUUGCUCGAAAUUUUCUGUUGUUGCAUCUGUUAUUGUUUGUGUAAAGUUUUGUGAACAAAUCCAAGAUGCAUACCAACUUAAAUCAUACACAAAUUGAUGAAACCGAAUUCCAGAGCGUUGGUCAAAUUAUGGUGGCUCCCAAUGGCAUGUUUGCCAUGAAAUGUAUGUGCUGCAAAAUUAGCAACAAUAACUUCACUAGAUUGCAGUCCUUCUUGCGCCAUAUUCAUCAAUUUCAUGGAGAUACCAUAAAGUUCCAGUCUAAUGCCGAUUUAAUGGUUUACGCCGUUGAGGAAUUGGUAAACCGCUCCGUUUGUGAUGCAGAUGAAAGUGAAGAGUCUGGUGUUGCUGAAGAUGAUCUAAAGUCUGAGGAUGAUGAUGAUGACUACACUGUUUGGAAUAGAUCAAUGGCUGUAAAAACAAUGAUGACACAAGGCAAAGGUAGGCCUAAUGUUAAGCAAAUAGUGGCUGGGGUCAAAGAUGUUGAGGUAAAAGGGGCGGCAUUGGCGAAUAUGUCUAUUUUGAAUGCGCUAGAGGAUUGUGAUGUAUCAUUAAAUUUUGUGGAGAAUUUGGAUGAAACUUUGAUAGAAACAAAGGUAGAAGAAAAUAAGGACAAAAAUGACAGCGAAGGUAAUGAAAAAGAGCUGGAAAAGGAAGAGAAGGGCGAGCUUGAAAAAGAUGACUAUGAUAUGGACACCACUUUGUUGAGACGCAUCAAAAUGGAUAUGGAGCUGGAUAAUGACGAAUGUGAGCAGGAAAACAAAAAAGAUUUUAAAUCAUCUAAAGAAACGGCCGUUAAUAAGGAACUAAUGGAUGAAGAGGAGGAUUUAAAUGUUACUCUUACCGAGGAUAAUAUGCAAAAGAGACCAAAUACCUCAAACAACACAAAUAGACCCCAAGAUAUGUCAAAAGUGUCGGCUAACUCAAAUAAAGCUGUUGGCCUGAAAAGCCUUUUGAGCGGCUUGGAAGACUUGGACGAUGUGGAUGAUUUGUUGGACAAUUUUGAGGAUAGUUUAAUAUGCCAGGCUGAAGAUUCAGAACUAGAAAAUAAAAGUUCUAAAGAAAUGGAAGAAGAUUUCGAUUUGGCCGCAGGCAAGAAGUCCUUAAAAGAAAGUACUUCUCAAAAAAGAAAGUCAAUCAUUGAAUUGGAAUUAAUGAAGGACUUGGAUUUGGAUGACAUUGAUUUGGAUGAUUGUUUAGAUAACAGUGUAAUCGAAGAAGAGGAGAAGGAAGUUAAAAACUGUACAGAUAGGCAAGAUAUGGAAAAAUUGCAAAAGGCACAAUCUCCCCUAAAGACUCCAAAAUAUGCAGAAAAGAUCAAGGCAGGUAAUUUCCAAAAUCAUAAUGCAUUGCAGUCUGCUGUACAAAAAUCUCCCAUGAAUAUACCGACAAAGACUUUUACUGACAAAAACUCUCCAAAAAGAGUUGAAACUUUAAAGACUUUUGAGCACUUGAAAAAGACACCAAAAAUAACAAAAACUGAUGAUGAGCCACUUAAUAAGGCCGGGGAGUUUUGCACAGACUUGGCAAAUACACCAAAAUCAAGAAAAAUUUCCAAGGAAUCGAAACAUAAGACACCAACUUCUAAGAUACAUAAAAACUUGGAAGAUGAUAAGGUAGGAAUUGAAGCAGAAAAGAAAAGUGGAAGCCUUAAAACCACUACUCCAAAAUCCAGAAAGAUUUCAGAAGGAGGGAACACAACUACACCUAAGUCUGGAAGAAUGGCAAAAGAGUAUAGCACCAGUUCUCCUAUGUCAAAAAAGAUUGCUGAAAAAGUUGGCAACACCUCUCCGACAUCCCCCAAGCUUUCAGAAAAAGGCGGCACUACUUCCCCAAACUCUAGAAGGACUUCAGAAGAAGCCGGCACCACUACUCUUAUAACAGAAAAGUAUCUCACAGCUUCCCCGAAAUUAGAAAAAGUUGCAAAAAUUGGUAACACAACUUCCCCAAAGUCGAAUAAAACUUCAGAGGAGGCCAGCACCACUUCUUGCAGUUCUAAACCGAUUUUAGAAGAGUGUAGUUAUGCUCAGGAAAAGCUUGGAAAAUCAACAUGUGACUUUAGAAAGGUAAAGGAAAUAAUGGAAAAGCAAAUUUUCGAAGAAGGUCUAACUGAAGAUAACUCAUCUACUCUGGUGUACCCUGAAAUUGCUGCAGAUGAAACAAAAAAGGAUAAAAAUAAAUCCUGUACUCUACAGUCAUUACUAGAAAAGGAUUUGGAUGGUGAAUUAGAACUGGAUAUGCUAAUAAAUCAAUUGGAAACUUCAACUUCCUCCAAAGAUUCGGAAAACGAACUAAACAAUACAUUUGUUGAGGAAGAAGAUGGUGAGGCUAAAGAAUCAGAAUUAACAGAAAAGGAUGGCAGCAAUAUUGAUGUGGUCAAUGAUGAUUGUAGACCAGAGUUGGAAAAAGAGGACACAUGCCAACAGGCAGUUGAAUCAGAAACAACAACAGAAAAAGAAGGCUUGAAUACUACAGGUAUGGUAAAUGAUGAUGGAAGACUACAGUUGGAAGAGGAUGACACAUGCCAAAAGGCAGAAGAGCCAGCGAAAUUGAUAGAAAGUGAAAUGGUCAAUAAUGAUGAAAAGCUGCAGCUGGAAGAGCCAAAGGAAUUAGAAGAAUCCACAGAAAAAGAAGUAUCAAAUACUGAAAUGGUCAGUGACAAGGUACCGAUGGAAGAGAAUAGAAAUUGCCAACAGGAAAAAGGGUCUGGAGAUGUAACAGAAAGUUUGAAUACUGAAAUGCUCAAUGGCUAUGGUAAGCAAGAAGAGGAUGAAAAAUGUCAUCAGGUAGAAAACUCUAUGAAAUUAAGAGAAAUAGAUAACAUGGAUUUUACUGUGGCCGAAGGAAUGCUUAGAGUGGAAGAGGAUGAUACAUUUAUGGAUGACGAUAUGGCCAUAUUUAAUAAAUUUGUAGGUUUGGAGGAUAAUAAUGAUGGAAAUGAUAACGAUGUUUGUACAAAUGAUGAGGAGGGGAAAAAAUCCAUGGACAUGGAAGAUAAUGCUGAAACUAGCAUUGAUGAAAAGGAAAUUAGUCAAAAGGUUAAGGAAGUAAAAGAAGUGUCUGCGAAAGAAACAGCUUUGGAAUCAAAUCAUAUUGAAAACCUUGAAAAUGUUUGGAAUAAAGAAUGCCCUGAAAAAUGCAACAACUUUAAAGAAGCAGAAGUUACAGAAAAAUCUCCUGAAAAAGUCCACACUACGAAAAUCUCUGAAAAAGUCCAAAAUGAUGAAGUAGAAAUUGAAGAAGAAUAUCCUGAAGAAAAAUCCCCUGGAGAUGUUUUCACUGAAGAAGUAUCCACUGAAGAAGUAUCCGCUGAGGAAGAAUCCCCUAAAGAAGAAUCCCCUGAAGAAGAAUCCCCUAAAGAAGAAUCCACUGAAGAAGAAUCUACUGAAGAAGAAUCCACUGAAGAAGAAUCUACUGAAGAAGUAUCUACUGAAGAAGAAUCCCCAGAAGAAGAUUACCCUGAAGAAGAAUACCCUGAAAGAGAAUCCCCUGAAGAAGAAUACCCUGAAAAAGAGUCCCCUAAAAAAGAAUCCGCUGAAGAAGAAUCCCCUGAAAAAGAAUCUCCUAAAAAAGAAUCCCCUGAAAAAGUAUCCCCCAAAGACAAAUCCCCUUAUUUGGAAUCCUCCAAAAAUGACCUUACAAAACAAACAGCUUUGGAAAAUCAAAUGAAAUCCUCAGGAAAUGUUUCUAAAGAACCAGAACGAAAUGAAGAAGAUUCCCUUGAAGCUCAAAAUAUCCACAAUGAACCACAGGUUAAUGAAGAACUCCCUAAAAAACUACGUUACACGGAAACCUCUAAAAAUGCCCUUAAUGCUGAAGCAGAAGUGGAUGUUGAUGACGAUUUGGAUGAUUUUGAAAAUCUCUUAAAUGAAGAUCUGUCAAAAGCUUUACAAUUGGCUCUGGGGGAAGAGGAUCAACCACUGUCAAAUAUGGAUGAUGGAACCAAUGAAAUGAGAAAUAAGCCAAAGGACACUGAUAACAUUCAAAUAGAACCACAGACAACUGAUAAGAAAAGCUCCACCAAAGCCAGUAAUAAGAAAACAAUUGCCUCGUCCAUGAAACGUCUGCUUGCCAAUGAAGAUGAAGAGGAAAAUAUACCGAGAAAAUUUUCCAAAACACAUCAGAAAGCCAAAGCUAAGCAGGGCAAAAUCGUGAUAAGCCGUGAAAUUAUGACUGUGAGUACUAUGCAUCUUAGAGAAGCCAAUAUUCAACCGCUUAUGCCCAAACUAACCAAUCGAGGCACCAAAAAGUCUUCCCCUAUAAAAGAGAUGCAACAGGAGAAUAUUCCCUUGGAAAAGCUAAAUGUUCCUCAUACACCUUCCCAUCGUAUGGUACAACAAAAACGAACAAACCCUUGCAUGCCAUCUGUGGCACAAAUCAAAAAAGAAAAAAAUACACCAGCCAGAUGUUUCAUUGACACCAAUAGAGGUGAAAGGACUCCGCUAAAAGUGGAAGACUUGUUUCUAAAGCAAAGCCCAAAAUCAUUGGAUAAAACCAUGGGUCACAUAACCUUUGAAAAUAGCUCCCAUAAAAAAGAAGUUUUUGUGAAGAGAAGUCCCAGGACCAUAGGAAAAUCCAAUGAGAAACUCAAUAGGUCUCUAACACCAAAAACUCCCGAAUAUAUGACAAACAAAAAAUCUCCCUCACAAUGUAAAUUGGAUUUAGUCAAGGCCAAGUUAUUGAAUACACCUACAAGCAUAAAGCGAUCACCAACAAAUGUGGUGGGCAUGGGCAAAGAUAACACAUCGCCUACAUCAACCAAAGUUAUGGACCCACAUAUUUUCAACACACCCCAAAGAAUUCGUAAUUUAUCUAUAAAAGUGGUGCGCUGCACACCCUCCAAGACCAAAAGCAGUCCUCAAGAUGUAAAGCCUGGCAGUGGUCCCAAACAUACCUCACCCACACUGGAAAUUUCCAAAAACUCUAAUCAAGCCGGUGAUUUAAUAGCCACAAAAUUUAAAUUGCCCAAGGAUUUGACUAUCUCCAAAGUAACUGCUCCCAGCGAUAUGGUUGCUGCCACUGUGGAAAUAACUCCAAGUCGUUCGAAUUACUGCAAACAGAAUUUCACAGAGCAUUCGUUGAAAGAGAAUUCCACCAACAUAUUGGGCGAUGCCAAACUAAUAACAGAAUCUCUGAUUAAAGGCAUGCCUUCAUCGAUAACCGUAACAAAAACCAAUGCAACUUCCAUAGGCGCACGUUUAAGAGCGCGCCAAGCCUCCAUUGACAUUAUAAACAAUGGACAGGCGUCAAACGCCAAUAGCAAAACGCCCUCCGCAAAGUUGAUGAGUAAUUUGGAUUACAAAAGCUACGCAGUCAAUCGUUCGGCCAGAAAAAAGGAAGUCUUACAAAGAAUGCGCAGCAUUAAAAAACAAAUUUUCAGAACUAUAGGCACAGAUAUUUUGGGACAAGUGCGAAACACCAAAUCACCCAGUAUAAGAAAUCCCAGACGUUCAAAGGUUCAAAUUGAAACGGUACAAGUGUUGCCAAAUGUCAAUAAGGAGGUACUGACGCCUUUGCUGAAUUCCCAAUCUUUAUCUCCGCAGCUGGCAACUGAUGAAACUGCUGCAGGAGUUAACAAACAAUCACCGAAAACCUCCAUGACAGCCAAUAAUAGAGCAACACCCACAAAGCAAGAAAAUAAAACAUUGUCUCCCCCGGUGAAAAAUGACAUCAACUCUAUUUCCAACAAAUCAAACGAAUCUCCAAAGAGCUCACCAACUUUGAGCUCCAGGUUACUAAAAAGAGCUGCCAAUUCGCCUCUAGAUGGACCACAGCCGGUCAAAAAGACAUACAUGUCACCCAGCCAGAAAAAGAAUAGGACCCCCAAAAAGGCUACAGCGCAAUUGGAAUUCACACAAAGAGCUGCCAAUUCGCCUCUAGAGGGACCACAGCCGGUCAAAAAGACAUACAUGUCACCCAGCCAGAAAAAGAAUAGGACCCCCAUAAAGACUACAGCGGAAUUGGAAUCCACACAAAGAGCUGCCAGUUCGUCUCUUGAUGGCCCGCAGCCGGUCAAAAAGACGUAUAUGUCACCCAAUUCGCCUCAUGAUAGACCACAGUCGGUCAAAAGGACAUACACUUCACCAAGCCAGAAAAAGAAUAGAACCCUCAUAAAGACUACAGCGGAAUUGGAAUCCACACAAUUGGACCUCUCAGAAAGUGUGGUGGAUUUUCUGCAGAGUGAUCUUAAGGCAAACCGCUUAGAUGUUGAUAGCCUACUUAAUGAAGACAUGCCUAUGCAGAAUGAUAACAAUGAACAACUUAUGGAAAAACAAAAUAUUUCCCCAAAAAGAGCAUCCGAAAGUGAGAAUGAAAAUAAUGAACUGGCAGAAAAGGAUCCAGCUAAACAGAACAAUGGAGAAGAUGUUUUGGGCAAAAAUGAUAAGCAGAAGAAAAACUUAAAUGUAAAUUUGAACAAAAAAGAGCCCACCAGCUUAGAUAUCAACACGGAAACUUCUAUAUUAGAUGAGUUAUUGGAGCAAGUGGCUGAUGAAAAGGUAGUGGAAGCAAAAGAUGAGAAACUUAAAGAAGAAAUCAAGGAAGUCAAGAAGACGGAAAAUGUAGAGGAUUAUAAUGAAGACAAGGAUUUAGAGCUGUUGCAGAAAGUUGGAUUGGGAAUCAUUAAAGUUGCCGAUUUUGAAAACUACCACACCUUAGAAGAAGUUGAAGAAUUACAGCAGAGAGCUCAAGAAUUUGCCAAUAUUUGUCAAAAUUACUCCAAAGUCUUUAGUUCCAAACAGUCUGAGCCGCAAACAUACUUUCAACAACUUUUGAUCAGAGCCAACCAAAAAUUAGAUAUGGAAUUAAAUCUAUGUGAUCUUAAGCGAUUAAUCAACCUAAUCGUUAUAUGGUAUGCCAAUUGCUACAACAGUAAACUGGUCGAGAAAAAGACCAUUUCGGAGGAAAUCAACAAAUACUUGCUUAUGUUCCACUACAUACCUAAAACUGUUAAACGCAUCUAUUACUGUGAGUUUUGUGCAGAGCAUUUCAAUACAGAACAUCGCUAUCAUAUCCAUCGCAUGAUUCACACUGGCGCCACGCAUCCCUAUGUAUGCAACCAGUGUCAAGUAGGGUUUAAUCGUGCACAUGCACUUAAGAGUCACGACAUUAUUUGCAAGCGGAAUACACCUAACGCUGUUUGCAAAAAAAGAGGAGAGCUACGUUUGUCACCAAAACCAAAAGAAAUACCAAUGGAGGAGAAAACUGUUGCCAUCAAAAAUACUGCGGCAAAUGCGAAUGAAAAUCAUACAAGAAAAUCAAUUCAGAGUUAUCGUUGUGGAAAAUGCAAUUUGACCUUCAAAACCGUAAAAGAUGUCAAAGAACACGUGACAAAAUGCAAUCGCAGCGAAAGAAGGCAACCGAAAAUGUCCACACCAAGGCCAAAGCCCAAAUGUUGUUAAGAAAUAGGCUAACAUCCCCUAGUGUUAAAAUUGUAGCUGGUACCUAAGCUGGACUUUCCUCAUGAUGAUAAUGGUGAUGGUGUUGUUCAACGAAACAACAUAAAAUCUACUUUUUACUUUAUAAGAGUAAAAACACAGAUUUUUUGUUGUGGCCUUUAUUUUAUCGCAAAUUAAUAUGCAAUUCCUUAAAUGGAAUUGAGAUAGAAACGUUCCGAAUUGCAUGUUUAUUCAAAUUUAUUGUUAAUUAUUUUUAAUAAUAGCUUUUCCUAUAAAGUUUUGAGCUUACACUGCUUAAAAGUGUAACCGAAGAAAUAUAAAAAUCAAUCAUUAUUUUGCACAAACUUGACAACUGUGGCUUAUGGUAUUAUUUUUUUAAUUUUGAUUAUAAU